AUGGGGAAGCGCGAUGCUGGGAGGUGGCGGCGGGACGAGACGGGAGAGAGAGAGACGGGAGCCCCGUUAACCCCUGUUUCCCCCCCUGCCCCGUUCCCCCCGUCCCGGCCAUGGCGACGCCGCCGCCGCCGGCGCUGCUGUACCUGCAGCCGCGGGUACCUGUGCUCCGACUGCGGCCACCCGUCGCCCACGCUGGAGGCCGCCGUCCUGCACCACCAGAGCCACGUGCCGGCGCCGCAGUUCCAGCUGCUGGCCGUGCCCUCGGCGCCGUCCCCCGCGGCGCCCAGCCCGCCCCCCGGCGCCCCUCAGCCCGACGGCAGCCAGUACCAGUGCCUGGACCGCCCCCUGGCGCUGGCCGCCUCGGCAAGCGCGGUGGCCGCCCCCUGCGCGUCCCCCAAGGCCGCCAGAGCCUCCGGCCAGAUCCACUACGAGUGCGUGGAGUGCAAGGCGCUGUUCGCGGAGCAGGAGCUGUGGCUGGCGCACCGGCAGGGCCACCGGGCGGAGCCGCCGGCAGCCGCGCCCCCCGCUGGCCCAGCCCCCGACGCUGGUGGACCUGGAGCACUCCUACCCCAAACCCGACGACGACGACGCCGCCGGCCGGCGGCCACCAAGGAGCCGGUGGAGACCGUCCAGCUGCUCCUGUACGAGUGUGGCGACUGCCUCCAGCUCUUCCCGAGCCCCAAAGACUUCCUGGACCACCAGAGCAGCCACUUGGUAGCCCAGGGGAGGGAGGAGAGCCAGGAAGGCGGCUACCAGGUGGCCGAAGGGGGCUACCAGGUGGCCGAAGGGGGCUACGAGGUGGCUGAUCGCCCAGGGCCCCGAGGAACCUGCCGGCAAGGCCGGGGACGGCGGCUACCAAGCGGCUGGAGGCGGCUACCAGCCCGGGGAAGGCGGCUGCCCAAGCCCAGGACGGUGGCCACCUCCCCGCCGACGCUAGCCACGCCCCUCCCGACGGCAGCCACCCCCUUCCACCCCCCCCCGACCCCCCGGCCGCCGGCCACCCCCAGGCCGGCAGCGGGCCAGCCCUGCCCCGAGUGCCAGCGCCCCUUCGCCACCCCCCGGCAGCUGCAGCGGCACCUCCGCGGCCACCAGCGCGGCGCCUUCGCUUGCCCCCUGUGCAGCGGCAGCUUCCCCUCGCCCCACGCCCUGGAGCAGCCUGGCAGCCACGACGGCGACUCCAAGUUCCUUUGUCUCGACUGUGGCUCCGCCUUUGACACCGAGACCCUGCUGGUGGCCCAUCGGCGCCUGCACUCGCCCAACCCCCUGCACCGCUGCCCCUGCGGCAAAACCUUCGCCAACACCACCAAGUUCCUGUACCACCGCCGCUCGCACCCGCCCGGCGCGCUCGCCACGCCCCCCGCCUCGGUGGCCGCCGCCCUCGGGCCGCUCGCCCCAGCCCUGGCGGCUCCGUUGGUCGCCAACGCGGCGCGUUCGGAGGAGCCGCCGCCUCAGACCCGGCGGGAAACGCGGCGGGAUUGGCGGGAAGCUCCGUCCUGGCGGGAAACGGGCGCGGCGCGGCGGGAAACGCCCCGGGCGCGGCGGGAAACGCCCCGGGCGUGGCGGGAAGCUCUAGUUUGGCGGGAAACGCCCCCAGCGCGGCGGGCGCCGCCCCCGGCCCCUUCCCCACGCCCCCCGGAGCCGGCGGGCGCCUCCGCCAGCCCCGAGCCCGCCUCCCCGGACCCCGCCGCCCCCCACCGCUGCCCGUCGUGCGGCAAAGCCUUCGCCAAGCCGCACCAGCUGUCGCGCCACCAGCGCUUCGUGCACCGCUCCGAGCGCCGCCACCGCUGCCCCGACUGCCCCAAGACCUUCAAGAAGGGGUCGCACCUGCGCACGCACCUCCUGACCCACACCGGCGAGCGGCCGUUCCCCUGCGACUCCUGCCCCAGGGCGUUCAACUCGCAGGCGAACCUGCUGCGGCACCGGCUGACGCACACCGGGGAGCGGCCGUACGAGUGCCCCACGUGCAGGAAGCGCUUCGCGCAGUCCUCCACGCUGCGCCAGCACCUCUUCGUGCACACGCGGCGCUACCCCUACGCGUGCGGCGACUGCGGCGGCCGCUUCCACCGGCCGCACCGCCUGCUGCUGCACCGCUUCCACCACACGGGCGAGUACCCCUACAAGUGCCCGGACUGCGGGCUCUCCUUCCUGCUCCGGCGGCUGCUGGAGGUGCACAGGUCGGUGGCCCACGCCGGCGGCCAGGCCCACCCGUGCCCCAGCUGCGGCGCCGCCUUCGUGAGCCCGCUGCAGCUGCGCGACCACCGCUGCCCGCCCCGCGCCGGCGCCCCCCGCUUCGAGUGCGGCGUGUGCGGCAAGAAGAGCUCGUCGCCGUCGCGCCUCAGGGCGCACCAGGAGACCCACGAGGGCCGCCGCGCCCCCGGCGCCGCCCCCCGCGCCCCCGCGGCCCCCGCCGCGCCCGCGCCCCGGCCCAAGAACUACGAGUGCGGCGAGUGCAAGAAGCGCUUCAGCACCGAGACGUCGCUGCAGGUUCACCGGCGCAUCCACACGGGCGAGAGGCCGUACCCCUGCCCCGAGUGCGGCAAAGCCUUCCGCCAGUCCACGCACCUCAAGGACCACCGGCGGCUGCACACGGGCGAGCGGCCGUUCAGCUGCCCCGAGUGCGGCAAAGCCUUCGCCAUCGCCGUGCGCCUGGCCGAGCACCGGCGCAUCCACACGGGCGAGCGGCCGUACCGCUGCCAGCUCUGCCCCAAGGCCUACCGCUCCUUCUCCAACCUCUGGAAGCACAGGAAGCUGCACCAGGCCGAGCCGCGGGAGCCGCCGGGGGGCGCCGCCGGGGCCGCGCUGCCCGUGCUGGAGACCGCGGAGAUGGACCCCGGCGCCGGGGGGGGCGAGGAGGGGGGCGGCGGCGUGGCGGGGGAAGGGUUAAAACUGAGCACGGGCCCCUCCCCGGGUCAGUGCCCGCCCCCAGCUCCCAUCGAAUCGCCCUUCGCGUCGGCUCUGCUUGACCAAUAAAGCAAGGAAGGGGUUAA